AAUCACUAUGGCACAUCAUCAGAAUAGCUUAUCAUACUCGCAGAUGGCGAAAGCUAUCGAUGGAGAGUCUGCAGGACCUUUGAGCAAAACCUAUGUUGAGAAUAGACUGAAUAAGAUUAGUCAGCAGAAGUAUCAAUAUUAUCAAGGCUCUAGUAGCAUUGUUGGAGCUCCUUAUUGUCCAAAUGGACAAAAGAACAACAAAUUUGCAUCUCCUAGCUUUAUAUCAAAUUCCAUUUUUUAUGAGCCAGGCAGAAAUUUGGGUAUUCCAAAGGAUCAGAUGUAUAAGACAACAACUGGAUUGAAUCAUAGCGCUUCCUAUGACAAGCUUCUGCUUCAUAAGAAUGAGCAGGAGCCUUCUCUACCAUUAGGUUGGAGUAAUAGACGCAAUAAUCUGAACCUGAAAAAUAUGACUACUCUUGAUGUCCAAAUUGGAGAAAAUAUCAAUAAACUCUAUAUGAAAAACAUAAAGCACAGAGCUCAGUCUGCAGUACCAGCUCGGAGGCCAGAAAUAAAUAUCAAAAGAUCUGCCAGUGCUGUUCCUGUCAGAAGAAGUGCUAAUAUUCAGAGAAAAGUAUCCAACACCAAUGGCAUAAAACAUCAAGCCCAUCGUAAUUCCAGGCAAGAAGAGGUCUCUCACAAUCAACCAAGGAACAGCGGAGAUAAACAUUUGAUACAGAAAUUACCUCCCAAAGUGCCUAUAAAUCAGGGCAUACAUUUGGAGGACAGUCAAGCACCAAAAGAUCAUGGCCAAGUAGAAAUUUAUUCUGAAAGAAGUGCUCCUAAAUCUAGUAGAAGGAGUAGCAAAAAUGAUAAUUUAUCUCAAAAUAUGCACAAAAUGAACCACCAUGUGCAAAGUAAGAGAGGAAGUCAGAAUUCAAUGCAGAGCAAUACUAAUUCUAAAAGAAGUUUCGACCCUAGAAGAAGGACUCAAAGAGACAGUAAGAAAGGUCUACAGCAAUCUCACUCUGCAUUUGAUAUCCUUCGAAACAAUUACGAUAUUGUCAGCCAUCAUGAUUCUGAUGUCGAUUCCAAAGAUAAAGGACAAGAUUACUUUGAACAAGUCAGAUCAGGAGAUGGAUGGGCAUGCAUGUGGGUCAAUCAUCUCAAACGCGAGCAAGAGCAGCUCAAUAAUAGAUUGAACAAGUAUGAAGAUGGGCAUAACUUAGUAAUGCACAACCCAGAAAUCUUUGGGCAUGAUCACGAACGUCUCUCGAAUCAACGUAAAAGUCAUCUUAGAAAUUCUAAUCUUGAAGGAGGAGAUGGAAAUGAAUUCGUGAAAUAUAUGACUGGAGACCCACGACACAAAGUGCACAAGCUGAAACAGAAAAAGAGGGAUAAAUUAAAAUAAAUAUCUUCUGAAGCACCCUCUAGAAUCAAAUGCUUAUGAAAAGUCUAUUCUUCAAGGUAAUGGAGUCGGUUUAAAUACCACUCCUGAUUAUCGCUACUACCAGGUGGUAGAGCCUCAAAAGAAAAGCUUCAAGCAUCAAAUUCAGCACCAAGUAAGGAGUAACAGGGAGAGAAGAGAAAGACAAAAGCAAAUCACCAAACAAGAAGAUUACAUGAACAGUAAGGUUUAUGAGAAAAAGAUGAGAAUUAUUGAAAGAUUACAAAAUGCUAAUAUCAAGAGACAGAAGGACAAUCUUAGGAAUGAUAUGAAGCUCUUGCUACAAGGACAUAGUCUUCAUCGAAGUUUUUGCUAAAAUAGAUACAUUUCAAACACCUUAUGAAC